AAAUUCCUGACGUCACAACAGUGGUCAGCUGGUAUGCGCACGAGGAGAUGCGCAUUACUCACACCCAGUCGAUUUUACUUCCUAAACGCGAGGUCACGUCAAACAAACUGUUCUCUUUAAUCACUGGAUUCUGUUAUGGGCGGUGUUCACACCCAACACCAUCUGAAAUUAGAGACUGAAGAGUUGGCGGCUGUGAGGUGUUAAACGAAAUUGUUUCCAUCAAGUUGAUACAUGCAGCACUUUCCUGCCUGGGUCUAACAUGUGUGAUCUCAGACAAGACAACAAUUUGGAGGCAGAUGAUUGUGAGGAUUUUUCCUUACUGAACAGUCGCUUGGAUUCAUUCCGGGGCUCCAGUCUGGCCCAGCGGGUCUCUCCAGUAAGACUGGCCCAGGCUGGCUUCUACUUCACUGGCCAUGCUGAUCGUGUUCGCUGUUUCAGCUGCCGGAAGACUGUGGAAAACUGGUGCAACGAAGACACACCUGUGGAGAGGCAUAAGGAGAUUUCCCCAUCAUGCAGAUUUCUCAGCUGCACUCACAGAACCGGUAUUCACCCAGUUUCUGAAAGCACACUGAGUAAUGGUUCCUCCUAUAAUGAAGAGGCACAGGACUUAGAAUAUCUUUUGAGAACAGGAGGGGUGGUUGAUGAGUCCACCUACCCAAUGGCCCCCCACAUGAGGAGUGAGGAGGCCCGACUUCAGACCUUCUCUUCUUGGCCAUCUGGUGGUCCGGUGGGACCUCGUGAUCUGGCUCAAGCUGGCUUCUACUACUUAGGGAAGAACGACCGGGUGCAGUGUUUCUGCUGUGGUGGCAUGCUGGGCGGCUGGGAAGCAGGGGACACUGCCUGGGGAGAACACACCAAACAUUUCUCCAACUGCUUCUUCAUCCUCGGCCAUGAUGUGGGCAACAUCCCAUUCGAAGGGGGUACAGAGGAGGAGAACUGGAACAGCAGACAACAUGCAAGCACUCGUGUCCAUAUGGGGAGUUUUGAGGAAAGGCUUGCUAGCUUUGCAGGUGUUGAGCUCCCUGUAAACCGAGAGAGGCUUGCCAGAGCUGGCUUUUACAGCACAGGGACAGGAGACAAUGUGUUGUGUUUCCACUGUGGUGGCGGCUUGAAAGGGUGGCAGCCUGAGGAAGACCCUUGGGAAGAACAUGCCAAGUACUAUCCUGGAUGUGGCUUCCUGUUGGCAGAAAAAGGACAAGAAUUCAUCAACAGUAUCCAGCUUCAAGACCCACAACACAACAGAGCUACAUCAAGUCAUCAGAAUGGAUUUUCAGGGGACAGGAAUGAUGUGCUGCGGUGUGAGAUGGCUCAGAAGGCCUUAGAGGUCGGUCUGGAGCCUAGUGUGGUAGAAAGGACCAUCUUGGAGAAAAUUGGUAGGACAGGCUCAGGCUACUCCAGCCUGGAAGCACUUAUGGAGGACUGUCUUAACGACAGGACACAUAGUGAUGCUGCACAGACACUAGAUGAGGACCCAUUGGAGAAACUGCAGAAGCUGCAGAGGGAGAAACAGUGCAAAAUUUGUAUGGACAGAGAUAUUUGCAUGGUCUUCAUUCCGUGUGGUCAUCUCGUUGCUUGUAAGGAAUGUUCAGUGCCACUUAUCAAGUGUCCAAUCUGCUGUGGAGCCAUAACACAGAAAAUCAAGACCUAUAACUCUUAAGGGAAACACUAAUUCUUGCCCAAAGUCAAUGGUAAAUGCUGCUUUCUCACUUAAUCUUUAUAAUAUUGUAUUUUAACAUUAAAUGUACAUAGCGUGUAUCGUGUAAAUAUAUCUAUAUAUAUAUAGAUCUAUAUCUGUAUAUUGAUAUAUCUAUAUCUAUAUAUAUAUAUAUGAGGACUGUGUUGUUUGUGAAUGAGAGAAUGAGUAAGAAUAUUUUCACAAUCACUUAGAUGGUAAAUAGCUGUUGAUACUGGGAUGAGAUCAUAUUAUAAAUAGCUGAUGUUGAUUUUCUCAGCCAUUAAUGAGUCCUAAAACCUACACUAAAGAACAAUUUCUGUUUUUUGUAACACUCUUUCUUGCCAGAGUUGCCUUCUAGGUCAAUAUAUGUGUGUCUCAUUCAGUUGUUUUAUUUGAGAUAUUUGCCACAGUUUAAUUGAUUUAAAUAUGGGAUGCACCAUCAGUGUCAUACACCUAUGUGUCCCUCUCAUCUGUUUCAUCUAGGGUAUUUAAUGUUUUAGACUCAGUUUUCUCUAUGUUUGCGCAAAAUUGACUCUAGUUUAGGGCCUGCAGUUAAUCAGUGUGGUGCAAAAUCAUUUUACAAUUCCAUCAUGUACUUUUUUGUGUCUUGAAGAGUGAAUAAACUUCGAUGACUGAG